AUGAGGGUGAGUGGCGCACGCUCCCUUGCUUCUACUACUACCUCGGUCACCCCUCUUAUCUCCUGCCUCUCCUCCAUAACCUCUCUCGCCGUGACUCCUCCCCUCCCAACACCCACGAGUCUUCCCCCCAAGUAUUCCAGUGACAAGCAUUCCAUUGCCUUUCAUCCUUUCCUACCCCCUGCCACCCCUCUUUCCUCCUGCCCGUCCGUGACUCCUGUCCAUAACUCCCCUGCAAGAGUACUUGGCCGGCCAGCCCUCUGGGUCCUCCCGAAGUACUUCAUAGGAGAGCGCUCGUCGGCCGUCUACCGCACCGGCAUGCACACGCACAUGCUCGCUGCCUUUGGCGCAGAGGCAAACACCGUCAUCGUGGUCGGCAGCAGUGGCUCGUACUACAAGCUUCAGUUCGACCCGCAAGCAGGCGGUGAAAUGAAUCUGCUGAAGGAGACUAACUUCCUCGCGAUCGAGGAGGAGCAUUGA